UUCACGUAAUAAACCCAAUUAAAAUUGCAGACGGCGACCCAAAACACAGCAACAACAGCAUCAAUACUCCUACUCGACGAGGCGGAAGCGGAGCAGCACCAUGGACACAUGGCAACUCUUCUUCGGCGUGAUCCUCUUCGCCCUCCCGCUGAUCAUCCUCCUUUUACGCAACGGUAAGGGAGGCGGCGGCGGCGGCCGGCGGCCCAUCCCGCCUGGCCCGCCAUCCUUUCCGUUGCUGGGCAGUAUGGUGUGGCUGACGAACUCACCCGCCGACGGGGAGCUCCUCCUCCGGCGUCUGUUCGCGCGGCACGGUCCCAUCGUGUCGCUGCGCGUGGGCUCCCGGCUCUCCAUCUUCGUCGCCGACCGCCGCCUCGCGCACGCGGCGCUCGUCGAGCGCGGUGCCGCUCUGGCCGACCGCCCGACCCUCGCGUCCGUCACGCUCCUGGGCGAGAACGACAACACCAUCACGCGCGCCAGCUACGGGCCCGUGUGGCGCCUCCUCCGCCGCAACCUCGUCUCCGAGACGCUGCACCCGUCCCGCGUCCGACUCUUCGCGCCCGCGCGCUCCUGGGUGCGCCGCGUGCUCCUAGACAAGCUGCAGGACGAGUCGUCCUCCGGCGGGGCGGCCGUCGUCGAGACGUUCCAGUACGCCAUGUUCUGCCUCCUCGUGCUCAUGUGCUUCGGCGAGCGGCUCGACGAGCCCGCGGUGCGCGCGAUCGCCGCCGCGCAGCGCGACCAGCUGCUCUACAUCACCCGGAAAAUGACCGUCUUCGCCUUCUUCCCGUCGCUCACAAAGCACGUCUUCCGCGACCGCCUCCGCACCGCGCACGCCAUGCGGCGGCGGCAGAAGGAGCUGUUCGUACCGCUGAUCAACGCGCGGCGGGACUACAAGAGCCGCGGCGACGAGCCCAGGAAAGAGACGACAUUCCAGCACUCGUACGUGGACACCUUGCUCGACAUCAAGCUGCCCGAGGAGGGCGACCGCCCGCUCACCGACAGCGAGAUGGUCAUACUCUGCUCCGAGUUUCUCAACGCCGGGACCGACACCACCUCCACUGGGCUGCAGUGGAUCAUGGCCGAACUGGUCAAGAACCCAGAAAUCCAGAAGAAGCUCCACGACGAGAUCAAAGCCACGACGGGGGACGACGACCAUGAAGAGGUCUCCGGGGACGACGUCCACAAGAUGCCCUACCUCAAGGCGGUGGUUCUCGAAGGCCUCCGGAAGCACCCGCCGGGGCACUUCGUGUUGCCGCACAAGGCGGCGGAGGACAUGGAGAUCGGCGAUUACCUGAUACCCAAGGGCGCCACGGUGAACUUCAUGGUCGCCGAGAUGGGCCGGGACGAGCGGGAGUGGGAAAGGCCGUUGGAGUUCUCUCCGGAGCGGUUCCUGCCAGGCGGCGCGGGCGAAGGGAUGGACGUGACGGGCAACCGAGAGAUCAAGAUGAUGCCGUUCGGCGUGGGCCGUAGGAUCUGCGCCGGGCUCGGCAUCGCCAUGCUCCACCUGGAGUACUUCGUGGCCAAUAUGGUAAAGGAGUUCGAGUGGCAGGAGGUCGCCGGCGAGGAGGUGGACUUCGCCGAGAAGAACGAGUUCACCGUCGUCAUGAAGAAGCCGCUGCGUUCACGCCUCGUGCCCCGUACCAGUAGGUCUUAGAAUAAACCAACUUCAGCAACUGGCAGCCAUAUCGGUUCGAUCCAUUAUUCUCGCUUUCGUUCAUUUUUAAUAAGUGAAAAUUUUGUUUUUGCCACUCUAGCUUUUACCAAU